AUGCGUGAUCUGCUCAGGGCGGAUGCUGCAGAGCAGAAGCUGGCCGCAUGCGAAACUGUUCUGAGGAGAGACACCGACAGGCUACAGGCAGAGCUGGACAGAGCGUCAGCACAGAUCUUAGAACUCAGAGGAGCCAACAGAGCCGCAGCCAUUGCAGCAGCACAGCGAGCAGCCAGCGCAGGGCAGCAGCCGCACCCGGCACCUUCCUUUGGCGGUGGCCGGACUGGCCAGGCAGAUCGGCACAUGGGCGCUUUUGACCAGGGCAGCGGCAUUGCGCCUGUUGAGUCGCCUCCUCGGAGCCCUGACACACCGGCAACCGAGCACCCGUCUCAUGCAGGGCAAGCAUCACGGCCGACAAUUUCUUGGGAUCUCAGACAGGAAGAGGCAUCCAGCAGCGGAUCACAGGGAAGGCCAGCCUCGGCAAAGAAGUCUUUUGCCAGCUCGCUGCAUGUUGUGGAGGAGGAAGAGGCGGGGCUGAGCAUGGCUCGCAGCCUCAAGUCCAGGUCCAAGCGCAUGUCUUCAAUGGCCAGCAGCCUCCUCUACAAGCUCGAGAUGGCGGAGUUGGAGCGGCAGGCAGAGCACAUGGUGGAGGUGGAGUCGCGCGCUGAGGUGGCGGAGGGCGAGAGGGACGCCGCGCUAGACAGGAUGCAGCUCAUGACUCCCCGGCCCGCACUGCCGCCCAGCAUAGAACUGCCCAGCACGCUGGGCCCUGAAGGCUCCGCCAAAUUCCUGGCAGCACUCAACAAAUUCAGGACAUGGCCAGCAUCGGAUCUUGCAGGGAUGCUGGUGGGAGUCACAGUGGACGGCUCAACUAGCGUACUCAACCAGGCUCGCUUUGCAUUUGCCUGCCUGGCGCGCCCGGUCUACCAGCGACUGCUCACUCAGAAGAACAUCACUCUGGUACUGCAAGAGGGGUCGACCAAGCCGCUGGCGGAGCACAUGACAGGUCAGCAGUACGCAUGGUUGCAGGGCCACCUGGGCGCCAUGUCAGCCGAGGCCAGGCGGGGCAGUGCCCUCAUGAUGGCCAGCUUCCUGACCGGUUGCAGUGAGCAGGGGUUCAAAUACAGCAGCGACUUCUAUGGGUGCCUCGUGCCCUACAAGGAGAAGAGGAACCCUGUGUUGGUCUACGUGGAAAAGCUGGCUGCUGCAGAUGAGAGUGCCUGGAAGGAUUUCCUGGAAGGCAUGGGCACUGGGGCAGACAUCCCCAAACUCUUCCGACAUGCUGGCAAGGUGAAGAACAAGCAGGUGACAAAGCACUUCACGGAGAAGACGAUAAAGGAGGUGUGGAAGGAGAAGCUGGCAGAGCGCAAGGCCGGCCGCGAGUCAGACAUGUGCGACUUUGUGUGCAACUUCUUCCAGAAGCGCAUCGGCAUCAUGUCAGCAGUCAUGGGAUAUAAUCUGUUGUAUGGGCUCUGGAAGUAUGCAUGGGAUGCUGAUUGCGAGCUCUUCUUGCGCAUCAUGCAAGGAGAAAUGAAAGAGGACGUCUACUACCAGCAGAUCCAGCUACAGGAGGACCUAGAGAACCUGCUGUCUACCCUGGACAAGUCAAUGCACGGUGCGGAGACAGGGUCUCUCACAAAAGCGGAGGUCUGCUCAGCACUGGAGGCGUUCUUUGCUGUGGGCCAGCCAGGAGGAAAGACUGUCAACCGCUUUGAUGAGCUCAUGCAGGCCUUGGAUGAAGAUCAGGAUGGUCCUACUGUCCAGCUGAAGAAGCUGUUUGAGGAGGACCGAGAAUUCAACCAAGGCUAG